AUACCUUUCUCUACUCAUCUGACCACAAUCCAACCUCGAUCGAACCGAGCCCGCACAACGAACGCGAAAACCAGCUGAGCGCCCCUGCCAACCACAAACAAUAAAAAACUAUCAAAAACGAUCAGCUGGCGUAAAAGAUGUCCCAGAGGAACUUUCCUGAUACCAGACAACGGGAAGGCGGCCCCAAGUCCAACUACCAGAAGCCUUUCGCUACGGAUCUCGAUGACGAUGAAGAUGUAGAUACACAUGCCGAGGAGGACUUGACUCAUCCCUUGGACCUUGAUACAUCUCCCCCGUCAGAAGGACGAGGCUGGCUUGGGCAGCGUGCUGCGCGCGAUGCGAAUGCGGAGUUGGAGGAGGCUGGAUCCGAGGAAUACGUUACUCUCACUGGGGUAGAGGAUGAGGGGGAAAUGUUUGCGUCGUGAUUUUGUGGACAAGGGAGAUUGUGAAUGUUGUCUUAGGACUCUACUCAGCUCGAUUUGUCUAUUAAAUUGGAAUGUUCAAGCGAGAGCUUCAUGCUUACGGCC